AAUGACAAUAGAAGAAUUGAAGAAUUAAGAAGUAACAACACACAAACAUAACACUUUACACAACACAAAAAGGAGAGAAAGAGAUUUCAAGUUUUAACAAAUCUGGGAAGAAACGUUGGAGUCUCUGUUAGGCAAAACAUCAAACAGGUAACCGACUAAUCCCAUUUUGUCGUCAUAUCAGAACGAAACGAAUUUCGAUCAGUCAUUUCAUUUCUCGAAGAUGCAAAGCAUAAAGCAAUCCAUACUAAGUCAUGUGAAUUUGCGAAGGUCAACUGAAAGGUGGUUUUUGGCCAAGGAUAAUAAUGUGCUUAUGCAUUUGAGAUGUUGGUGCUCUUCAACAGGUGCUAGCUCUGAUCUAAUACUUGACCGAGUAAUCAGGCUCGUCAAGAAGUAUGAUAAAAUUGAUGCAGCAAAGGUUACUGAAACGGCUGAUUUUCAAAAGGACUUGAAUCUGGACAGUUUGGAUAGGGUUGAGCUUAUUAUGGCUCUUGAAGAAGAAUUUUCCAUAGAAAUUCCUGAUGAGAAAGCAGAUAAGCUUACUAGCUGUACCGAUGUCGCAAAGUACAUAGCCUCUGGAGCUGAUCCAAAAAAUUUAGGCAAGCCCUGACUUCUCAAUUGUUAUUCUGUUAUUAUUUAGAUUGUGGCAUGCAAUGUUUUUGUGAUUGAGCUGUAUGGAUCUCUGCCAAGUCAUCUUGGUUGAAAUGAAUUGAAAUUGUCGUCUUCUUUCUUGUUU